AUGGAGAUAUUAUUUAAAUUCAUUCCAUAUUAUUUGGUUCAUUAUACAGCUUAUGCAAUUUAUAUAGUUUUGGCUAUAUUUUUAUUAAGGAAAAUAAGUAAGAAUAUUAAAAAUAAUGUAACAAGAGAUUUAUCAAACCAAAUUAUUGUUAUAACUGGAGCCAACUCAGGAAUCGGGUUUGAAACAGCUAAAAAUUGUGUUUAGCAUGGAGCAAAAGUUGUUUUAGCUUGUAGAGAUGAAAUUACUGCAUAGCAAUCUUGUCUAUAGCUUAAUUCAAUAAAAAAAAAAUCAACAGAAUUUAUUAAACUAGACUUAUCUGAUAGUUCUUCUAUCCGCUAAUUUGCUAAUAUCUUUAAAAAAAAAUAUUCAAAAUUAGAUAUCCUUGUAAAUAAUGCAGGUGUUAUGGCUAUCCCUAAUCGCUGCCUUACUAAGGAAGGAUUUGAAUAAACUAUUGGAGUAAAUUAUUUUGGUCAUUUCCUUCUCACCCAACUUUUAUUAGAUCAUUUGAAGUUAUCAUCUUAAUUCAGGGUAAUAAAUGUUUCCUCUGUGGCUCAUUUAGCUGGGACUAUUGAUUUUUAAGAUUUACAUUUUUCUAAAAGAUUUUAUCAUGGAAUGCUUGCUUAUUUCUAAAGUAAAAUUGCAAAUAUAUUAUUUACAAUUUCUUUAUAAAAAAAAUUUGAUGAUCAAAAACUAUCUGGCUUAAGUGUUUCUUUACAUCCUGGAAUAGUUCAAACUAAUUUAUUUAGGCAUUUAAGAGGUCUAACUAAAGUCUUGUUUAAGCUAAUUUCUCCUCUUUUCAAUUUUAUAUAUAACAACUCAUUUGAAGGUGCUUAAACUACAUUGUAUUGCAUUCACUAAAAUUAUUUUAAACUAGAAAAAGGAGCCUAUUAUUCUGACUGUCAAAAGUAAAAAAGAUUGAAUAAUUGCAUUACUCCUGAAAAUGCAGAUAUCUUAUGGAAUUUAUCUAUGAAAAUAUUUGGGUUAUGA